CUUACACAAUGACACUUUCCGUUACUUUAGCCUGCGAGUUGUAAACGCGGCGUGGGAAAGGGAGCUAAUUCCGUAGGCUGUUCAAGUUUGGACCAUCGUUUUAAGGUUUAGACUUAUCGAUCGUUGCCGCACACGGUGCUGAACUGAGGAAAAGCAAAUUUCCCCUGAAAAAGGACGAGGCAUACUUCUUUUGGUGAAACUGUUUCGAUCUAGCGUAGGCCCAGCAGAGAGCUCCCCAAAAGUUUGUUGUGGUCACGUGACGGUAGACGAAUGUGGCGAUAAAAGUUCGUUUGGAGCGUUAAACUAGCUUUGGGUGUUAUACAGUUGAAAGGUAAUAUACGCCGAGCCCGCUGCAAUGCCUCAGCCGAAGUACCGCAAGAUUGCUGUGAUCGGUUACAGAUCAGUAGGAAAGUCCUCUCUCACAAUUCAGUUUGUGGAAGGGCAGUUUGUUGACUCCUAUGACCCCACAAUUGAAAACACCUUCAAUAAAAUGGUCAGCGUCAAUUGUCAAGACUUCAAUCUUCAGCUGGUUGACACAGCUGGACAAGAUGAAUACUCAAUUUUUCCACAGUCCCACUCAAUGGACAUCCACGGCUAUGUCCUUGUUUAUUCAGUGACAUCCAUGAAAAGUUUCGAGGUCGUUCAGGUUCUACACGACAAGCUGCUAGAUAUGGUUGGAAAGAUUCAAGUUCCAACUGUUCUUGUUGGGAACAAAAAAGAUCUCCACAUGGAAAGGGUCAUAAAACCUGAGGAAGGAAAGAAGCUUGCUGAUUCCUGGGGCGCUGCUUUCAUGGAGUCCUCAGCCAAGGAGAAUGAGACCGCUGUGGAGGUUUUCAAGAGAAUCAUAUUGGAGAUGGAGAAAGCUGACGGGAAUGCCCCGCCGGAGGAGAAGAAGUGUGCCAUGAUGUAAGAGUACUGUGGACAUGGUAAAAAUCACGUACUUGCUGAAGACAGGAGGCACAGCUCCACCAGCAUACCAACGACGACCUCAACAAAAGCCGGCACUGCUUCCAUCUUCAGUUCACACUAACCUAUUCCACCAGAAGAAGCUCAGGCAAAGAAGCACAUUCAUUGGACAUUUGCUCUAGGUUAUUGGAUUCAUGCAGGGGUAUAAUUUUAGCCCAAAAAACACAGAUACUUAUGAACUGUUCCCAAAAUUCUCUUGAUUAUCUAAUGGUAAUUAUUCAUGAAUGCCUGAUGUUGCUACAACAUUGGUUUGUGUAAUUUUUGAGUGGUUGCUAAACAGUGGUGGUGGCUUGACAGUUAUGGACUUCCUGUUCACAACGCUCUAAGUAUGGGGGUUGAUUAUGUCAGUGGUGGACUGCUUUGGACCCUCUGUUAUGAGCCUUCACAAAGGAUUUUUUUCCACACUUCUUUCCAUUGUAAUUUUACCAGAUUCCUUGCAAACUAUUUAUACACUAUAGCCACUCAACUGUUUUUCUGCUGAGCAGAUUAUGUCACUUUCCUCAUUUCUACUUUUCUAUUACCAGUAACAUCUGUCAGGGGAAAAAAUACAAUUUUUCCACUUAUUGCUUUUACUCGAUUAUGAAUAGAGUAGGUUUUGCUGUUUUUUGUUGUUUUGCUUAUGAGUGAUGCAGCCUUUAUGCUCCCCAUCAGUUUAGAGUAGUGCAUAACAGUAAUUUAUGAAGUCAUUUUAAUGUAAAAUACAAUGAAAUGAAUGGCCUGAGUUACAUUUGUUGGUUAUGAACGUGUCAUGAUUUUAAGAUUCAUUGAGUCGUGAUAUACACAUAUGAUUAAAUUUAAUCUCUGGCUAUAACAAUCAUUGUCAGACACUUGAGAUGCAAUGUUUGCAUUUAGUUUUUCGUGGCCUGUUGCCUUAAGAGACACCUGUCUGUGGACUAUAAUCACAUUACAUAUGUUUUCCCUCAUGUAAUUUUUUAAAAUAUCAAGUGCUUGCUUCGUAAGUAGUUUCUACAAUGGCCGGAGGCUGGUGAGGCUGUGUCUUGUGCCUUACACAUUUUUGAAACUCACAUCUGGUUCCUUUCAUGACCAAAGGUGCUCUUACAGGGUUUCUACUUCUGUCUGAUAACUUGAUCUAAUGGGUGUUGAUAGUGGUGGUGCUGGUGUGCACAACACGGACGCUUAAAUGCCGAUGUCGGCCUGCGUUCAUUCAGAAUCUUGCUGUAAACAGUUUGUAUAUAAAAUCUGUUACUCAGUUGAUGUGGUUGUGUGUUUUUGUCCCACAUUUUUAUUGAUGUCGCCAAAUUGAAAAAUACCCAUUUUUAAGUGCAUUCCUCUGAUGCUUUUAGAGAAAAAGGCAACUGAUUUAAUAUGCAAUGGAACUGCCACAGUCA